AUGGAUGACAAGCCGCCGAAGAUCCUGACACAAGACGAACCUAACCAGCCCGCGCACCUCACAAGCACCAACCUACAGAAAUCUCCUUACAGAAACCGAUCUCCAGGGCGAUCACAUCCUUUAAGGAGUAGCAGUCAGUCUGGACGUGGGAAAGGACGUGGAGCCAAAGGAGGUAGACAUGCCAGUCCAGUUUCAGACCGUAACCGCAGGCAAGUUGGACGCAAGCGUGAUAAUCUACCAAGUAAACAACGUUCAAGAAGCCCCUCAGGACGUCAGAAGGCACCAGGUUCAUCCUGGGACAAGAGAGAAGCCAAGAGCUCUGAAAGUUUUGGCAAAGAGGGGGUUGCAUCAGCUCGAAAUCAGUCACCAGAGAGACAUGGUCGAAAUGGAAGUCCUUGGUUGGAGCCAGUGACACCUGAGAAGCAAAGUCAUGGAACACGAGAGCAUUCCUUGACCCCUGGAGAAAAUGCCAGUGAAGACCAGGAAAGGAAAGACCAAUCUGCAAAAGCAAAGGCUGCAGAAGAAGACAAAGAAAAGCAUCCAGUAGACCAGAAGAACCAUCAGACUGAGCCAUCUAACAAGAAACAUGAAUCUUUGACAAGGGUUGAAGGUAAACCAUCAGUUGAACAAGAAAAAUUAGAAGCUCGCCGAAAGAAAUUUGAACAGAGUAAACCUGUUGUCCCUCAGGAGCCACGCAAGAUCUUACUAAAAUCCUCAGAGUCAGUGAAAACUACUGCCUUGGAAAAUGCUGAUAAGGAGAAAAAAGAUGAAAAGCAGAAAGACGAACAUGACGACAAGAAGAAGAAAAAGAAAAAGAAGAAGACAAAGGAAGAGGAUGACGAUGAUGACGAUGAUGAUGAUGAUGAUGAUGCAUCAGUGAAAAAUAAAUCGAGCAAAAAGAAAAAAAAGGAAAAGAAGAAAAAGAAGAAGAGUAAGAAAAAGAAGAAGAAGCAUAAACAUUCAGAUAAUGAUACUGAGGAAGAGGAGGAGAAAGAUACAAGUAAAACCAGGAAUGUAAAAGAAGGGAAAAAGGAAGACAUUGACUCUUCAGACCUACGGCACAUGCUGAAGAGGAAAAUAGAGAGUACUGAGAGUGGGAGAGGCAACAGCAGCAGUGGCAAACAGGACAUGGAUGAAAAAGAUGAGAAACGUGCAAGGAGAGACAAGCAUGAAGACAGACCGAGGGUUUUGGUGAGGACCAAGAGCAGGCAGUCAGAGAGUACCAGGAAGAAGCAUGAUGGAAAGCCUCUUCUUGUGACAGUAGCAUCUGGUGAAAAUCGCCAUGUCAUGUCUGGCGAUGUUGUAAACAAACGAGAUGAAGGGAAAGGCUCUCAGCGCUUGUCAGUCCACCUCCGUCUAGGCCCAGCAAAGACAUCUUGGGAAGAGGGCAAGUCAGGCAGCGUCCAGGGCAGUGGGAGCAGUGGCGGAGGUGGUGGAGCUAGUGGUGGAGGUGGAGGUGGCGGUGGUGGAGGAGGCAGCGGCGGAGGGAGACACAAAAGACGCGACAAAUCCAAAGGACGGCAGAGUGGAGGAGGAGGUGCAAGCAACAGAGUGAAGCUGAGGCGUUGAUGUGCUCUUUCAGCCUGGAUGCAGUUUCUAGUUUGGCGCGAUGCUAUGAGGCUGCUCCCCCAUGUGCUGGGUGGCUCUCUCACCCACUUCUUCUGUACCUGGAACUUGUCCUUGACUCAGUACUAAGUGUGUCACACCCAGACCAGAGCCACAUGUGUGCGCUUAGGUGGAUAUUUGCCUGUGUGUCUGAGUCUGAGUGUGUGAGUGCUUGUGGAUGUAUUUUUGUUUUGUUUGUAGGUAAGACUAAGUGUAAAUACAUGAGUGAUAUUGUAUCUCUUGUGGUUUCUUUGUUUGAUAAUUACAUGCUAGUGCAAAACCAUUUCUCUGAAUUUAUCUUUUCUUUUUCUUUUUUUUAUUUUAAGAGUAUCAUUGAUAGCUUUUCACAACUUUGUGGCACAUGGAGCAAAAAAACUGCUCUAAAGACUUUUUGUGAUAACUUAAUUAUGGAGAAUUUAAGGCUCCUUGUGAGAAGAGGAAAAAUCUGUGUGCGUGUUUAUGUGUGUGUGUUUGCGUGCAUGUGUGUAUAUAUGCUACUAGGAUAUUUGAAAUUAUAUGAGUCACAGAGUAGGCUGUAAGAACUUGCCAUAAAAUAGUUUUCAAUUUGAUUUUCAAUGUAUUAUUAUUCAUAUGUAUACCAGGAUCCUUAGCAAAAGAUUUUAAGGUCAAGAUAUUAGCAGUGGCAAAUUUUAUUUUAGUUAAUCGUUACUUAUAAACCUCAAAGUAGAGGUUGAUGGUAUUCUUAUUAGUGUAUUGUGAAAAAUCAAUACUCUUAUUGCUCAUUUUACUUCAGAAAAUAUUGAUAUUAUUCCUUGAAAAGAAAGUGAUGUUAUGUAUUUUGUUAUGUUUCGUUAAAUAACAUUUCACUAUAUACAAUUUUUUUUUUUCCUCUGAAACCUUCAAACCAUCACUCAGUGGACUGAUAUUAAUGCUUACGUCAUGAAGGUUUAUAUAUAUGCAUAUAUAUGCUUUUUUUUCCUUUUUUUGAAUUGUGGCAAUGUGUGUAGAUUUGAGAUAAGUGUGCCAUCCAAGGAUUAAAUGGUAGAUAAAAACAAACUGUACAAAAUAAAUGAAUAUAUGGCACUGUACAUCCUGUUCGUAUCAUGUCAUCAUCAUUGUCCAUAGUUCAUAAGGAAGACUUCAUCUUUUUAUUGUACAUCUCAUGUUUAGGCAACACUUAUAAAUAGCUGAUAAAAGGUCAUUCAUCUCAUUUCUGGGAAUUCAAAGCUAGUACUUUCUGUUGAGACUCGUGUAAUAAUUUUAUUACCAUUAAUCUUUUAAAAAUCAUAGUAUUCAGGUUAUUUUAUGGUUAUUGUUUAUUAUUAAUGAUCAGUAAGGAAACAAGUUAUUGUCAUGAUUCUCCAUGUACUUCAAAAUUCAUUUGUUCUUUGGACAGGAAACAUUUUAAGAGGCAUUUUCAUUUUAUAGGGUUUCAUCUCUCAUAUUCCAUUUCCAAGGUUUGAAAAACAUUGUAAUUGUAUAAAUAAAUGCCAUAUUUUGAA